ACGAUUUCACUAACCCAUGCCGAAGCUUUCGACAGACGAUGGGUUCCAUAGAGACACCGCCUAGCGCAGAGAAUGGCUCCGCCACCCAUACCGCCAUGCCGGAGGGAGACCAGAAACCCUCCGGCGGCGUCGGAUUUGCACCUCCAGUGAACGAGGUGACGAUGGAGUCUGAAAUGUUGAAGAAGCGGAAGAUGACCAUGCUUCCUUUGGAGGUCGGCACGCGCGUCAUGUGCCGUUGGAGGGACGGAAAGUACCACCCUGUCAAGGUCAUCGAACGGCGUAAAUUGAAUUUAGGUGGCGUUAACGAUUACGAGUAUUACGUGCAUUACACUGAAUUCAAUAGGAGGCUCGAUGAAUGGGUAAAGCUUGAGCAACUUGAUCUUGAUUCAGUAGAGGCUGUUGUUGACGAGAAAGUGGAGGACAAGGUUACAAGCUUGAAGAUGACACGGCAUCAAAAGCGGAAGAUUGAUGAAACACAUGUAGAGGGCCAUGAGGAGCUUGAUGCUGCCAGUUUGCGUGAACAUGAAGAAUUCACAAAAGUGAAAAAUAUUGCAACCAUAGAACUUGGAAGAUAUGAGAUUGAGACAUGGUAUUUCUCCCCCUUUCCACCAGAAUACAAUGACUCUUUGAAGCUGUAUUUUUGUGAAUUUUGCCUCAAUUUCAUGAAGCGCAAAGAACAGCUUCAAAGGCAUAUGAGGAAAUGUGAUCUAAAGCAUCCUCCGGGUGAUGAAAUAUACCGAAGUGGUACUCUCUCUAUGUUUGAGGUUGAUGGCAAAAAGAACAAGGUUUAUGGCCAGAAUCUUUGUUAUUUGGCAAAACUUUUUCUUGAUCAUAAGACUCUUUACUAUGAUGUCGACCUCUUUCUAUUUUACAUUUUAUGUGAAUGUGAUGAUCGAGGAUGCCACAUGGUUGGAUACUUUUCCAAGGAAAAGCAUUCUGAAGAAUCAUAUAAUUUGGCAUGCAUCCUCACCCUUCCUCCUUAUCAAAGGAAAGGCUAUGGAAAAUUUUUGAUUGCCUUUUCAUAUGAACUUUCUAAAAAAGAAGGUAAGGUCGGCACACCUGAAAGACCACUCUCUGAUUUGGGACUGUUGAGCUAUAGAGGAUACUGGACGCGUGUGCUUUUGGACAUUUUGAAAAAGCACAAGGGCAAUAUUUCAAUCAAGGAAUUGAGUGACAUGACAGCCAUCAAGGCGGAAGAUAUUUUGACGACCUUGCAGAGUCUAGAAUUGAUACAGUAUAGGAAAGGGCAGCAUGUUAUCUGUGCAGAUCCAAAGGUCCUGGAUCGUCAUCUGAAAGCAGCAGGUCGUGGGGGUUUGGAGGUUGAUGUUAGCAAAUUGAUCUGGACUCCAUAUAAAGAACAAGGUUAAUGAUAUGGACAGGGAAUGGUGUUCGAAUGGCAACUUGCUAAUGCUUGUAUAUAAUGUAGACUUAGGGAACAUGAAACCAGAAGUUAUUCCUCGGCCAUAGUCUUUGACAUUUGUUGUUAUAUUAGUUUGUUACAUGUAUGUAAGUAUGUACCAAACAACAAUGUUCAUUACAGCAAUUGAUUCCGGCAAGCAUCUUGUCUGAUCUUUUUGAUUUGCUUAA